UGUGUGUGAAACCGGUCCAAGUCCUUCAGCCAAAAAAACUUUCCAUGCUCGGAUCGGCUCUGGCUCGUUCCAGGAAUCUGCUGCAUCCAAAGAGAGAAGUUAACAGGAAUUUAACACUCAGUAUUCUUGACUAUCAGUCAUCUAAAAGUGGAAUAUAAGUUCCCAGAAGGGUAUUCGCUCAGGUUUGUGGAAGGAGAGGAUGGACCGAGCGUCAAGCUCCAGCCCCACGGGUCAGACAUCUCAGCCUGGCCAACAAGAAACAAUCAGCUUCGGCAUCGAUCAGAUCCUCAGCGGUGGAGAGCCGGAGAGCCAAAAACAACGUCAACAGCAACAACAACAGCAACAACAGCAACAGAACUCAACACAGAACAGUCCGGACAGCGCACACGGUCACCGGACGGCCAGUCCGAGUCCUUACCCUGCUCUCUCGGGAGCUUUUCACGGUCUGGCCACUUCAUAUGAUGAAUCCAGUGCAUACGGGCCAAACUUCGCUCUGGCGCCCGGCGGUGUGAUCAGAGUCCCGGCGCACAGACCGCUCACCGCCGCCGUGCCGCCCAAUGUCCCCGCGCUCAGCGGCAUCGGUUUCCCCUGGAUGGAGAGCAGCCAACGCUUCGCCAAGGACCGCUUUGCAGCUGCCCUGACGCCUUUCACCGUGGUCGCACGGCGGAUCGGUCACCCGUACCAGAACCGGACGCCGCCCAAGCGGAAGAAGCCGCGCACGUCGUUCUCGCGCGCGCAGAUCUGCGAGCUGGAGAAGCGCUUCCACCGGCAGAAAUACCUGGCGAGCGCAGAGCGCGCGGCUUUAGCCAAGACCCUGAAGAUGACCGACGCGCAGGUCAAAACGUGGUUCCAGAACCGGAGGACAAAAUGGAGACGGCAGACGGCGGAGGAGCGCGAGGCCGAGCGACAGCAGGCCAACCGUCUGAUGAUGCAGCUUCAGCACGACGCCUUCCACAAGUCUCUGAGUGAACCGCUGCCGGCCGACCCGCUGUGCAUGCACAACUCGUCCCUUUUCGCCCUGCACAACCUGCAGCCUUGGGCCAGUGAAGAGGGCGCCAAGCUCACCGCGUUGGCGUGAGAGCCUCAGUACAAACAGUACAAACAUAUCACUUCACCACCACCACCCCAAUCACCUCAUCAACCCUCUCCCCCGACCCCAGCGCCUCACUCCCUAAUCACCAUGCAGCUGCAUCUCAAAGAACGACGGGACGUUUUCUGUACAGAAACAAAAACAACACCUCCGGAGCAAAGGACGAACUCCACAACGAGCACACGGACACACGCAGAGCUGCUACAGUGAGAGACUCAGCAUCUCUCUCUCUCUCUCUCUCUCUCUCUCUCUCCAUCAUCUCAUCAUGCGGAGGCAACGCCACAGAGACACAUAACCGAGGAUAAAUUAUUCAGAACAUGACCUCCCACGGCCUGUACAAUGGGCAAUUUAAACAUAAAGCUAACAAGAACACACACACACACACACACACACACACACACACACACACACACACACACACACACAAAAGCCUGAGAGAAAAUCAGCACUGCUUACAUCUUAGUAAGGGUCAAGGGCUAUUCUGCUGUUUCAUCUGCAGUUUCUAACAGCUGAAGAAAGCGCACGGUGAUUUUGCAGCACAAAGUUAACGUUUAAUCAACCAAUCACCUUCUUGGAUUUGUAUGACAUCACCAAACUAGAUCAGACGUGAGCAGGAUUCUAGCUGAAGUUAAAAAAGAUCUCUUCUGCGUCUAGUUUCCUGUCAGUUGGCUGAUUAAGGAUCACAAAACAGACACGAACGAAUACUUUAGUUUAUCGCAUUAUAGUUAUAAUACAAAUAAUAGAGUGAGAAUCUAAAUCUAUAAAACUCUUUAAAAAAAAGUCUUUAUAUACUUAUACUGUAUUUCACAGCGAACAAGGCAAAGCAAUAUAAUAACAUGGAGGUUUGCUACUUUGCUAACAGUCACAGAGCCUGGACUUAAUCACACAAAAUCCUUGUUAUAUUUAUAGAAGUAGAUAUAUUUUAUUACUAUAUACUAGUUAGCGUAGUAUUUACAUAAUAUCUCCUGGUUUUACACACUGCACACGUUUACUGAUUUAUGCGCAAUCUAAAAUAGCCGAAUGUUAGCUCUCUUGCUAGCAAUCAUGGCUCCCGGUUUUAGUUACAUCACAUGACAUCAUGCAGCAGGUGCUAGGUGAGAUAUUAGAGUUUUCCUAAUGUUAGAUGGCUUACUGGUGCUUAGCGUCAAAUAGCUAGUACUACAGAGGCAAAGUUAGCAUUAGGAGAAGCGUAUCUGGGCUGCUAUGGUCUAUUAUUUUAAGGCUGAGUGAUAGAGAAUUAGCAAAUAGAAGAAAAAGCAGGAUUAUUAAUAUAUUUUAUA